AUGGAUGAAAAAUCAAAAGAGGAAAUCGCUAAUAACAUUGAAUUGUGGGAAACUGUUCAAAACACUGAAACGAUUGAACAAAAGAAAGCUGACGAAAUUGAGGUCUCUGAAACAGACGGAGAAUAUUUGUAUGAAAGAAAAUCCUCUGUGACAUUAUUUGUCGGUGAUCAAGGAACCAACAAGGUUAUGCGUGGAGUAAAGGGACGGUCAGUGGCAGCAUAUAGUUGGUGCGCCGAAGUCCCCGGGGACAUGCAUGCCAAGGGCUACCUUUACGAAGUUUGCAAGAAAGUGAUGGCACCUGGCGGCCUAAUGCACAUUUUGCGGGAAGUUCUUUCAAGAAAAAAAAUUGUUCCAGAAAGCCUUUGGGAAAAAGAAGUUUCAGGAACAGAAUCUUGGCAGAAUAGAAGAGGCAAUCCGUGA